AUGGCACGCACGGACGGCGUCUUUGUGCGGGCGACGCGGCAGAAGGAGGACCCGUUCCUGCGCGGGGGCACUGCGAGCCGCCGUUUCCUGCAGCGCUAUCGCACGUACCCGUACCCAGUGCGAAUGGCAGGGCUCUUUCUGGUUGGGUUUGUGCUUGGUAGUAUCAUUGAGACAUUUGCAUGCAAGACACACAUGUACGAGAGCGUCAUGGCAAAGAAGGACAUGCGGCGCCACGAUUUUGACGAGUUCGUCGUUGAUUUCAGGCAGAACGUNUACGAGAGCGUCAUGGCAAAGAAGGACAUGCGGCGCCACGAUUUUGACGAGUUCGUCGUUGAUUUCAGGCAGAACGUGGAGCGUUGGCAGCAGCAAGACAUGACGCAGCGCCGCACAUGA